UUGCGAUCAUCAUAUCUCUGUCGGUGUCAAGUUCAACUCGGGACCGAGCGCAAAAGCUCGAGCAGCGCACCAGCCGUUUUCCGCCUCUGCGUGCAGCGUGACGGCGAGCGCGAGCGUGAGUGCAGCUCAGGGCGGAGGGCUCGCGGAGAGGGUUAGUAUUUCCGGGUGAAAAUCACGGCAUUCUACGCUCGGGCGUAAAUGGGGAAGCGGCCGGCGAGAAGGGAGGGGGAAAACACAGGCGAGCGGAGCUGAGUGUGCGUGCGCUUAAGCUUCGCCUCCCGGCAGAGAAAGCAGGAAGCGAACGAGCUCAGCCCACCUGCAUGCGCCCGCUCCGUCGCGCGUGGUCAUCCGAAAACACAGUCGGUGGAUUGACGUUGGGCUGGCACGCUCGCACUUCUUGCCCUCGAGUUUAAGCGCUGUCAAAAGUGGCUUCCGCGGUCUCGCGGAGCAUUAUCUCUGAGGCGUAAACAACUUUUUUUUUUUCUCUCUCUCAUUUCCGCAUACGAGUACUCGCGCCUGACUGGCUCGAGGAGCGACGCAUUCGUCGAGAUGUCUCUCUUAACCUCCAGAAUGGAGCCACUGGACAGCUAGUGGAGCAGAGAGCAGGUCCGUAUGGUUGCUAGACGACAAGCCCAUGCCUCCCGCCAUGACGGACGUGCUGGAUUUGUGGGCGGAGCUGGGCCAGGUGGAGGCGGAGCUUGUGUCUGUGGAUUUCCUGUUACCCACAGGCCUCUACAUCCAGAUGGACGUCCCCCGAGAGGCCACCAUCCAACACAUCAAACUGCUCUUAUGGAAGCAGGCUGCACUCUACCCCCUGUUCUCGGCCCUGGGGCAGAUGGAGGGGUGUGUGUUCGAGUGUGUGUCGGCGGCGGCCGUCCACGAGGAGCUGGACGACGAGAGCCGCCGCCUGUGUGACGUCCGACCCUUCCUGCCCGUGCUCCGCCUCCUCCGCCGCGGCUGCGCCGACAACCAGCGCGUGCUCUCCUCCAAGAUCGGCACGCUCAUAGGGAAAGGCUUACAGGAGUUGGACUCUCUUCAGGACCAGGAAGUGAAGGACUUCCGUCUGAAGAUGCAGCGAAUCAGCGAGGAGAAGCUGCUGCGCCUGCAGAUGAUGUCAUACGGGGAGUGGCUUCAGGCCAGCUUCAGCCCGCAGCUGGAGGCGGGGCCUACUGACGACGUCAUCGACAAGCUGACGGAGGGCGGGGUCAAAAUCACCAUACACUAUGACCAGUCUCAGGACACUGCCAGUGUGAGGGUGUGUGUGAGCAGUAAUGUGGAACAGCUGGUAGACCACGCCCUCAAGAAGUGGAGCUCCACCCACCAGCAACAGGGUUGUCAUGACGACUACAUACUGCGUGUCAGUGGCAAACUGGAGUUCCUGUAUGGAAAACAUCCCCUCAUCCAGUACAAGUAUAUCCGCUCCUGUGUGCUGGCCCAGGAGGCUCCGCACCUGACUCUGGUCCAUGUGGACGUGAUCAAGAGCAUGUUCCAGAAGGAACUGAAUGUCGUUAGUGCAGCCCUCAGCCAAAGACCCGCCAAUCCGCCUCUCCCUCAAAAGAAGAGAGCCACCUCGCAGGUGCAGGUGUGUGUGUGGGAUGUCCAGUGUCCGUUCAAGGUCAUCCUGGUCCGGGGCAUCAAGGUCAAUGCUGAGGAAACAGCCAAGGUGCAGGUGCGUGCGGGUCUGUUCCACGGUGCGGAGCUGCUGUGUGUGCCGUCGGUGAGCGAGGAGGUGAGCGGCCGGGCGGAGCACGUGUGGCGACACACACUGGAGUUCGACAUCAGCGUGUGUGACCUCCCCCGCAUGAGCCGCCUCUGCUUCGCCCUCUACGCCGUCUCGCACAAGAAGAAGCAGAAGAGCACCAAACACUCACACAAGUACCAGACCAUCCGCAAGGCCGGCAAAGUGCACUACCCUAUUGCCUGGGUCAACACCAUGGUGUUUGACUAUAAAGGACAUCUGAAGACCGGUGACAUCCUGCUGCACUGCUGGUCUUCGUUUCCUGAUGAGUUGGAGGAGAUGUUGAAUCCUAUUGGAACAGUCCAAACGAACCCGUACACAGAGAACGCCACGACGCUUCACAUCCAGAUACCAGAUUACAGCUCCCAACCUAUCAUCUUUCCCCCUUUUGACAAGAUUCUGGAGAAGGCGGCUGAAGUAGCUAAAGGAAGUGACUGUCCACCUAUGACUGGUCGUGGCGGUAAGAAGUUCCACAUUGAGCUGAAGGAGAUCAUGGAUCGGGAGCCUCUGGCUCAGCUGUGUGAGAACGAGAAAGACCUCAUCUGGACGCUCCGCUACGACUGCAGAGAGAACUUCCACCAGAGCCUCCCCAAACUGCUGCUGUCCGUCAAGUGGAACAAGCACGAAGACAUGGCACAGCUUCAGGCCCUGCUGCAGAUCUGGCCUAAGCUGAGCCCUCGAGACGCUUUAGAGCUGCUGGACUUCAACUACCCCGACCAGUACGUCAGAGAGUACGCCGUCAACUGCCUACGAGACAUGAGUGAUGAGGAGCUGUCUCAGUACCUGCUGCAGCUGGUGCAGGUGUUGCGUUAUGAACCUUACUACGACUGCGCUCUGACGCGCUUCCUUCUGGAGAGAGCGCAGAACAACCGCUUCAUCGGACACUUCCUCUUCUGGCACCUCAGGUCAGAGAUCCACAUGCCUGCGGUGACUGUGCAGUUUGCGCUGCUUCUGGAAGCCUACUGCAGGGGCAGCAUUCCUCAUAUUGAGGUCCUGAAGAAACAGGUGGACGCCCUGAGUAAGCUGAAGGCGGUGAACUCUCUGGUGAAGACGGGGGCGGUGAAGAGUAAGGCUCGGAGUAAAGACGGUCAUCUGAAGGAGGCCAUGCUCACGUGCCUCAGACAGAGCGGCUUCACCGAGGCCCUCGCCGACAUCCACAACCCCCUCAACCCCAGCGUGCUGCUGGCCACAGUCAAUGUGGACAAGUGUAAGUAUAUGGACUCUAAGAUGAAGCCACUAUGGAUCGUUUAUGAUAACAAGCUAUUGGGAGGCGACACCUUGGGCAUCAUAUACAAGAACGGAGAUGACCUCAGACAGGACAUGCUUACUCUGCAGAUUCUUAAGCUGAUGGACAAGCUGUGGAAGGAGGCCAACCUUGACCUCAGGAUCCUGCCGUAUGGUUGCCUGGCGACGGGCGAUCGCUCGGGCCUGAUCGAGGUGGUGCUGUUGGCGGACACCAUCGCCAACAUCCAGAAGACCUCCAGCAACAUGACCGCCACCGCAGCCUUCAACAAGGACGCGCUCCUCAACUGGCUUAAGGAGAAGAACUCUGGAGACGCACUGGAGCGGGCGAUCGAGGAGUUCACCUUGUCAUGUGCUGGAUACUGCGUAGCCACGUAUGUGCUGGGCAUCGGAGAUCGCCAUAGCGACAACAUCAUGGUCCGCAGCACAGGACAGCUGUUCCACAUUGACUUUGGCCACAUCCUGGGGAACUUCAAGUCUAAGUUUGGCAUCAAGCGUGAGCGCGUCCCCUUCAUCCUCACACACGACUUCAUCCACGUCAUCCAGCAGGGCAAGACGGCCAACACACAGAAGUUUGGCAGUUUCAGGCAGUACUGUGAGGAAGCCUACCUGGUCCUGAGGAGGAAUGGAAAUCUCAUCAUCACCCUGUUUGCCCUCAUGCUCACCGCAGGCCUCCCUGAACUCACCUCAGUCAAGGACAUCCAGUACCUCAAGGACUCUCUAGCGCUGGGGAAGACUGAUGAUGACGCACUGAAGCAGUUUCGCCAGAAGUUUGACGAGGCGCUGAGAGAGAGCUGGACCACCAAAGUCAACUGGAUGGCUCACCACCUAGCCCACGCCUCCUAACACACACACACACACACACACACAAACACACACACACACACACUCAUACACACACACACACAC